ACCGAAGCGCCGCCCAGGCCGUCGCCAUGUGGAGAAGUUUCAGCCAUGCCGGGUUCCUACUGUCCGUUUUCCUCAGUUUCAUUCUCAUCUUGGUCAUACUUCACCCUGGAAAAUUCCACCGGCGAGAUGUCGCAAGACGAGCGCUUGCGCUGUCAUUACGCCAACGGGCCUAUGACGAAUAUUCAUUGCGAAAUAUGAACCAUAGCACCGUCCCCUUAAUCCAUUUGACGAUGGAAAGCUCAAAACCAAAGCGAAUGCUGCUCCUCCGCGACCUCAACGAUCCCAGCCCUGCCAACGGACCUCACCAAGUCUGCGUUGCCACUUAUGGAAGUCUCCGCGACAUAUACCAUGCAGUAGAAUUAUCAUGGCUAUGGAAAGCAUCUCCGGUAUCUGUGGCGCUCUUCGCGGGAGACGGUGAGGCGCAUUUGGUGUUGGAGUACUUGCAGUACCUUUCGUCCUGUCACCGCGGUAUCAAGAGCCACUUCGACUUCAGUCUUCUCGUGGCGAACAGUGACGAUCUCUGGCAAAGCGAAAACGAGGCUUUCUACUCCAAGUUCGACUGCGAGGAGUACAAGGAGGCACUUACCUACCAACUAUCGCGCAGGCUGAAACCAGCGACUGCUUCGGCGGAGGCGGAGUCGCGGAGCGAGCUGCGGUCUCGGCCGGGACCGAUCCCCGAAAACGAAUUGAAGAACAUAGCUCAGAGUGGAUGCGAGCGGCUUCAAGUUAAACGGGCCCUCACCCUUCCCUUGGGUACAAUGCCAAAACCUCGUUUGGACAUUGAGCUCGCCUCUUUUCUUAGGAGUUUGCCAUGCGAAAAAUGUAUCCUCGUUCUUCCCUCGUUCCUUUCCGCACAAAACCAGAAAGUCCCUCGUUCGAAGUCUGCUCUUGAUGCUCUGGUUAGCCAAAAACGUUUACUUCCGGUCGACAACGCUACGUACCGCCUUUGGGAACUCUUCAACGAAGAGAGUAUGACUUUGGCCUUCGAGCCCAAGCCCCGUCUAUUCCCGGCGUACGUGGCGCCGCUCGAUCUGCCGAAACUGGACAUACGCUUCAAGGGGCAAGACGCAACGAACACUCAGCUGAUCGAGGCUUACCUCAUCGGUUAUCGCUUCUGGGUGCUGAGCGAUGGCUUCGUGGUCAGGAAAAUCUUCGGCCACAGGACGCCGAAAUCCACAGACUUGGCUGGCCAAUCCGAGAGGCGUAAGCGGACCCAGACAGCAAGCGACUUGAGCGCUGCAGAAGAGUUCAAGAACGAACUGCGGGGCAAGUACCCGUUCGUCGAGGAGAUUCAUUGGUCGAACGAUUAUCUACAGCUCAAAGAGAAACAGUGAGAGUACGGUAUUUAUGAUGACGCUUCGACUAUGUCGAUAAGGAAGAGCCUCAGUCAGUGGGGAACCCCGAUACUUGUACUCUCCU